AUGUCUCUAUUGAUGGAUUAUUCCGCAGUCCUGAAGCCAGUCAACGAGUACAACAUUGUCGACAAGAUUAAGGAGGCCAACAAGGAGCUAUUUGCCAACGAUGAGACCACAGCAGGAGCAGCAGCAGCAGCUGGAGGAGGAGGAGCAGCAAAUGGUCAGCAGCAGGAGAAGGUAACAAAGGUAACGUUUGCCUUAAAUCUAGAGGACUAUGAACCCACCACAAACACCACCACUGGAGGAGUAGAUCAAAAAGAGGAUUCCAGUCCUAGUCCACCAGAUGAAUUGCUGAUGCAAUUGACUCAAUUGAAAUUGAAACCCAUAGCAGAAGCAGAUGAACCAUUGCCAGAAAUAGUCAAGCCAUCUAAAGAGAAGGAGAAGAAGUUAAAUCAAGUGGUAAAAGAAGAGCAGAAGCAGCAACUGGAGGACAAGCAGGCUGAGCCGGAGGAGGAGGAUGAGGUGGAGGAAGAAAUUUGUGAAGAAAUCUUGGAUUUAAGCGAACCAGCACAGAAGCCACCAGCACCACCACAACCACCACCACCAGAAGCCAUAGUGGAUGAUGACGACGAAGACGAUGAUUUCUCUGGUGUAGAUGAAGCAGAUCUGGAUGAUGAGCCAUCUUUGACGCUCAGCAAGGUAACUUCGGCCACAUCCAGUGCCCUGCAGCGACGUCAGGCAACUUUCGAUGGUGGCGACGAUUACGAUUACGAUGAAGGGGAAUCGGAUCAGAAAAGUCUCACCAAUCUGCUAACCGAAUCCGAUUGUGAGGAAGAGGAACGCACAUUGAAUGAGGCACGCCUCAAAUUGCGUCAGGCCUACAAGAGUCUCUACAAGACUCUCGAUUCCAAGGAGCAGGCCAAAAUAGAUAGAUUAACUGGCCUCCAGAAGGAGAAGCCACAGCCCGCGACACAGAGUCAUCAUAUCCAACACCAGGAUGUUGAUGAGGAUGAUGAUCUAUCGAUUAUUGUGGCCAGCUACAUACCCGAUGAUUUCGAAUUGAAUGAACAAAGCAUUUACUAUAAAAACGAAGAGGAGGAGGACGCGGAGCAGGGAGGAAGUGGAAGUGGAGUUCCACCAAUUAACCACACCAAGACUUCGACAGGGUGUCCCAAGUCCACAUCGAAGAACUUUUUCAAUACACGUCGUUUUAGUUUUCGCCGCCGGGCCAAGCCCACACCCGCAAUAUCCCUGACAUCAGCCUCGAAUCGGAGCAGCAGCAACGAUUCCAGCGCCUUGUCUCCGACCAUCAAGAUGAACUACAAGACGUGCUGCGAGCAUCGUCAUUCGCUGCAGGAGAAGCUACCCCGCUAUACGGGCUACAUGUCCGAAUAUGGUUUGAGUGCCCAGCAAUUGCAACGGCGGGAUCAGCAGAUUAGACGCAAGAAACGCUUCGCCAUGGAGCAGACUCUGAACCGCAACGAACAGGAGCUGAAGAAGAUGCAGGACAAUGAGCGGGCGUUUACCACAUGGCUGAAGAAUAAGAUGCGUUAUCCCAUCAAUAAGACCCGCAAUAUGUUCGAUGCCCACAAGAGGCGUGGCAGUGUGGCAGCUGCUGCAGUGGCAGCCGCCGCCGCCGGCAACGGCUCCAGUCCGAAUCAUCAUCAUCAUUAUCCUUCGUCAUCGGCAUCGCGUUUAAGGCGACGCGAUAGCAACGAUGAGCCUGUCAUUCAUGCCUAUCGCCAUCUUCUGGGCAGUUGGAAUAAAUAA